AAGAGCCUGCCUGCACACGCACAGAAAGCCUUUUAUUUGUGGUGCAACGUGUUUAUUUUAUUGCCAUUCUUCUUAGACGGUGGAAUACAUUCGUAUCACAAUUUAAUUAUCGUCUUUGUUUUUUUUUUUUUUUUUUUUUUUGGCGGUUAGUGAUUAUUUCGAUAAUCCAAAAAGGAGUGAUUGAUUGACGCAUACAAGAUGGGCGACAAAAAAGAUGAUAUGAAUAUGACCAAUUUGUCAAGCGGUUUCAGUAAAAAGCUCAAUGUUGAUGCUCCUGAAUUUGUGCCUUCAUUCAUACAGCGGCAGCAACAACAAGCUACUGCUGCUUCAGUUCCAGGACCGCAACAACAAUCGAAUAAUAAUGUCUCGACCACUGUACCUACCUAUCAACCAUCAGAAUCAACAACAUCAUCAUCAGCAACAACAGCUCAACCUUCAAGCAGUAACACAAUAAAUGAUAAUGAUGAUGAUGAUGAUAUGAAUAAGAAAUCAUUACCCGAUGAUCAAGAUGCUGGUGAAGUAGCCGAUGAUUGGGAUGCAGGUGAUAAUGAUGAUGAUGUUGAUGAUGAAGAAGAGGAAGAUGUCGAUGAUGAAACAUUGGAUGAAGGUGUGGAUAAAUUGGGAAAAAAACCAACAUCCAAGUUGAAGAAAAAAUCUUCGAAACCAGCAAUGAAACAUACGAUAAUAACAAAAGAACAUUUAAAUAUCGUAUUCAUUGGGCAUGUCGAUGCGGGUAAAUCAACAAUUGGUGGUCAACUUUUAUAUCUAACCGGUAUGGUCGAUAAACGUACAUUGGAAAAAUAUGAACGUGAAGCCAAGGAAAAAAAUCGUGAAUCCUGGUAUCUAUCAUGGGCAUUGGAUACGAAUCAAGAGGAACGUGAUAAAGGCAAAACGGUGGAAGUUGGCCGUGCUUAUUUUGAAACAGAAAAUAAACAUUUUACUUUGUUGGAUGCACCGGGCCAUCGAGGUUUCGUACCGAAUAUGAUUGGCGGUGCAUGUCAAGCCGAUGUAGCCGUAUUGGUCAUAUCGGCACGUAAAGGUGAAUUUGAAACGGGAUUCGAACGUGGUGGUCAAACCCGAGAGCACGCUAUGCUUGCUAAAACUGCAGGUGUCAAACAUUUAAUCGUUUUGAUUAAUAAAAUGGAUGAUCCAACGGUUGAAUGGUCAGAGACACGUUAUCAAGAAUGUCAAGAUAAAUUAUUGCCAUAUCUAAAAAGUGGUUUCAAUCCAAAAACUGAAUUAUAUUUUUUACCAUGCUCCGGUUUGACUGGAGCAUUUUUACGCGAUGUUGUCGAUGAAAAAACUUGUUCUUGGUAUAGGGGUCCAUCAUUUUUAGAUUAUCUUGAUAAACUUCCUUCAUUCAAACGACAAAUUGAAGGACCAUUUCGAAUGCCAAUCGUUGAUAAAUAUAAAGAUAUGGGUACGGUUGUAUUUGGAAAAAUUGAAAGCGGUAGCACAGAACGUGGUGCUCAAUUAUUAUUGAUGCCAAACAGAAAACCAGUCGAAGUGUUGCAAUUAUGGUCCGAUGAAGAUGAGGUUAGCCAUGUAUCAUCUGGUGAAAAUGUCAAAAUCAAACUAAAAGGCGUCGAAGAGGAAGAAGUUACAGCCGGUUUUGUACUUUGUGAUUUAAAUGAUCCAUGUGCCACUGGUCGUAUAUUUGAUGCUCAGGUAGCCAUAUUGGAACAUAAAUCAAUUAUCUGUCCAGGAUAUUCGGCCGUACUGCAUAUUAAUUCGGCAAUCGAAGAAGUUUGUGUUAAAAAUAUUAUCGAUCUUAUCGACAAAAAAACUGGUCAACGAUGCAAGGUAAAACCACGAUUUGUCAAACAAGAUCAAUUGGCGUUGAUGAGGCUAGAAUGUACGGGUGGUAUGGUAUGCAUGGAACCAUUCAGUAAAUUCCAACAAAUGGGUCGUUUUACUUUACGAGAUGAAGGCAAAACAAUUGCCAUCGGUAAAGUGCUUCGAAUCGUUGAAUAGGAUUCACACACACACAUCCAUCCGCAUAAAACAACUUAAUUUUUCCAAUGGCAAUGCCUCAACAGAUAAAAAAAACAACAAAGGCAUUUACAAUCACACACACCACCAGCCAACCGAUUACGGAAAUGGAUUCGAAUCAAAUUUUUUUUAAUUUCGUUAUAUUUUUCUAACAAAAGAUGAAGAUUAGAAUUUUUUUUAUUAUAUUAAGAAUGGAGAAAUUAUUAUUA